AUGAGGCAAGGUGAUUCUGAUUCAAUAAAAUCCGCGGAUGUUGCUGUCCUCUCAAUUAUUCUUACGGGCUCGACUUUAACGUUGAUCUACACGUAUAAAAGGUAUUUAACUCAAUUCAAAAGAACAAAUGAUAUACCGCGACGAAUAUUCCGCAAGCAAUGGCUUUACGGCAAAGUCACAUCUGUUGGUGAUGGGGACAAUUUUCAUUUCUUUCAUAUGCCAGGUGGUAUGAGGGGUGGAUGGGGUUGGUUACGAGCCGUUCCACAAAUGAUCAAGAAUGAUUCUACGGCAGAAAAGCUUGCUGGAGAUAAUGGGAAUAUAAAGUUUUUCAAUUUAAAUUGGAUUAUACAUGGGAGAUCCAGUAAAAGUAAAAUACAAAAAACGAAAAGUCAGUUCUUGAAGUUAAAUGUACCCUACAAAAAUAGGAAGAACCUCCCAACUAUUCCUAUAAGAUUAUGUGGAAUUGAUGCCCCAGAAAGAGCGCAUUUUGGUAACCCAGCGCAACCGUUUGGUAAUGAGGCGUUAAUUUGGUUACAAAACCGGAUCUUGGGAAAGAAAGUGUGGGUCAAGCCUUUGUCUAUAGAUCAGUAUAAUCGUUGUGUGGCUCGAGUGUCCUACUGGGACUGGUUUGGUGGUUGGAAAGAUUUAAGCUUGGAAAUGCUCAAGGAUGGAUUAGCUGUUGUUUAUGAGGGCAAAGUAAAUACAGAAUUUGAUGGGAGAGAAGAUAAGUAUCGUUAUUAUGAAUUUUUGGCAAGAUCUAAAAAAAGGGGAUUAUGGGUCCAGAAUAAAUUUGAGACGCCAGGUGAAUAUAAAAAACGUGUUUGA